UAGGCCAUGAUCAGAAUGUAAUUAUUGCCAGUUAGAUUGGUUAGUUGCGGAUCAGCUAGGUAGUUGUGAUUAGUUCCAUGACUAGCUAUAACUAUGAUAAUAUAAAAUGCACAUUGUGCUCCACUAAAAUCACUUUUCUUAUUCCACGAAAUUUUAUAUUCUUCUUUCUUGAUCAAAAAAAAAAAAAUUUUAUAUUCUUCUCCCAUUACAUUUACUUGAAAAUUCUCUUAGCCUGUCUCUUGACAACAGCACAAUCAUAUUUGCCAUCUACUACAUCAAAUUAUAUGAGUUUAUGCAGUUAGUUAUCAUUAUAUCUAUCAGCUUCUGAGUCUUUUCAGGAGUCUUGCUAUUCAAUCUUUGAGAGUGUUUGCAAAUAACUUGAAUAAAACUCUUAAAGACAUGGAAUCUAAUUUGCAACUAAGCUUAACACUUCAUCUAUUCUUCUUGUUUCUUAUUUGCCUUGUUCCUCACAUAAUACGACUACCAUCAUCUUCAUCUGGUUUGGCUUUACCUCUGCUACAGGAACAGAUGAGGCUAUUUAGUCCUUCAGCAUCAACGUUUAGAACUUAAUUAUCAUUAUAAGAAUACAAUUUUGGCACUAGUAAGGAAAUAUUUUGCCUUUAUUUGUAUAAUUUGUACAUUACUUCCCAUGUAAUGCUAUACUUUGGACGGCAAAGAAAAGACAAACCCAAGCUUUGGAAUAUCAACCCAAUGCAACAUUAACAUAUUAUAGUAAGUUACUGAAAAUAGAACCCUGCAUCUUCUUCAUCAAUCAUGGCACCAACAGUGCCAUUGACUCUUGAGACAGAAAAGCAACCUGUUACAUAUGUGCAUACAGUUUUAGAGACAGGUCGCCUUCUUGCUUCAUCCAGAGGGAACUCCCUAGCACCUGAAUUUAAUCAUUCUCCUAAGUCUUCUGCUGCUUAUGAAUCCAUCCCUUCCCAUUACCCAAAAUCUUUUGACUACAACAUUGUCAUCACUGACAGGGAGCAUUUUCACCGUUUCAUCAUAGUUUCAGUGGCAAUAAUAUUUGCUAUCACAGCAGUGAUUUUAUUGGUGCACUUUUUACCUCAGAAGAACAAGCAUCAUGGUUCUUCAAUCAAUCUCAAACUGGCAGUGAACCAAGCUCUAACCUUUUAUGAUGCCCAAAAAUCUGGGUACUAUCCAAGGAACAGUCCAGUGAAAUUUCGAGGAGACUCGGGAUUACAGGAUGGGAAUUCAGCUAAGGCUAAUCUUACUGGUGGAUUUUAUGAUUCUGGAAACAACAUUAAGUUUACCUUCACCACUGCUUAUACUAUGACCUUGUUGAGUUGGAGUACAAUGGAAUAUCAAGGUAAAUAUGCUGAUAUUGGUGAGCUUCACCAUGUCAGGGAAAUCAUAAGAUGGGGCAGUGAUUACUUGCUCAAGGUGUUCAUCCCCCCAGAUUCAAAAUCCGGAUCCAACCUUACAAUGUAUUCCCAGGUUGGAAGUACCAUUAGUAAUAACAAUGAGCCCAAUGAUAUAAGUUGCUGGCAAAGACCUGAAGACAUGAAGUAUGAGAGACUUGUUUCAACAUGUGAUGGCUCUGCUUCAGAUUUAGCUGGCGAAAUAGUGGCAGCAUUAUCUGCAGCAUCUAUGGUAUUCAAAGAAGACCAAGAUUACUCAAGGAAACUAAUCCAAGCAGCAGAGAAUUUAUAUGAGGCAGUUACAAAGGAAGAUCCUAAGAAGCAAGGGACCUACACCAAUGUUGAUGCCUGUGGAAAACAAGCUAGAAUGCUUUACAACUCAACUAGUCACAAAGAUGAAUUGGCCUGGGGAGCAACUUGGUUAUUUCUUGCUACUGAAGAGACUGAUUAUCUUGCAAAUGCAACUGCAUUAUUUUUGUCAGCCAAGGCUGAUGAAACAAAUUUUAACAAAGAGGUGUUUGAUUGGAAUAACAAGCUCAAUGCUAUCGCGGUUUUGCUUACGGGUAUUCGAUAUUUCCAAGAUCCUGGAUUCCCAUAUGAAGAUGUUUUGAAACUCUCAUCAAACUCUACAGACUCACUCAUGUGUUCUUAUCUACUCAACAAAUAUUUGAGCAGGACACCUGGUGGAUUGAUUAUCUUGAAACCUGAUAUGGGGCCAUUACUCCAGUAUGCUGCAACAGCAUCUUUUCUCAGUAAAUUGUAUAGUGAUUACCUGGACCAUCUCAAAAUGACUAGUGCAAGUUGCAAGAAUGAUGAAUUCUCAGUGAAAAUGCUUCGCGACUUUUCUAGUUCUCAGGUUAACUACAUACUUGGACAAAAUCCUAUGAAAAUGAGCUAUUUAGUGGGCUAUGGUGACAGGUAUCCAGUCCAAGUUCAUCACAGAGGUGCAUCAAUCCCUUGGGAUAACCGGUAUAAAAAUUGUGAUGAUGGUAAGAAAUGGCGAAACUCGAAAGACCCGAAUCCACAAGUUCUUUUGGGAGCCAUGGUGGGAGGGCCAGACACAGAUGAUAAGUUCAGUGAUCAAAGGAGCAACCAAAGGUUCACUGAGCCAAACAUUGCAAGCAAUGCUGGGUUAGUUGCAGCAUUGAUUGCACUUCAAGAUCCUCCUUCUAAUUCACAGGACAUAAAAAACUCCUUGUGGGGAUGGACUUGAAUCUAUAUUUAUUAUUUAAACAUGUUCAUUUGAUUCCAAGAAUAUAUGUUCAAAUUCUUACAUCUUGGAGGAAUUGAACUAUGAGAAUACAUAUAGGAAAAAGGAAAGUCUAGAAAACUUCUCGCUGGCAAUUACAAUUAAAGCAAAUGAAUUUCAUUUAAUGGAUGAAUUUUCAUGACACUCUUUAUGUCAUUUAAUGUUAAGCUGGAAAUUGGUUACUCAAAUUAGUGUUCAUGUCACCGAAUUAGAUCCUCUAGGUAGAUGAAAUAUAACUCAAAUUCUAAUAACAAAAAUGGUGUAUAACCAUCUAUAUUGACCAUCCGGAUACAAACUUGUAACUACAGUGCUGUGUUGACACAAAAUUUACUAUACAAGCAAUUUACAAAGAAACCAAACUAUAUA